AAAUUGGGAGCCAUCGAUUGGGCGCGUGUCAUGAUUUUGUCAUUUGCCGGUAUUCAAGGACGUUGGAAUCGAUUUUUCUUAUGCUUUGUUCUCUGUCUUAUAACUAGUUUAGUUGUCACAUUGAACGUCGACACCAGUAUACUUUCUCGUUUUAAGUCUCUUGAGCUGGUGUCAGCCCCUGAGGACUUUGUUGAACAACAAGUAUCCUUUCGUCUAGGAAACUGUCCAACGCUUAGAAAAUGGCCCAAAUCUCCGUUUAUUGUCCUAGUAAAGGAGGCUCAAUGGUACCAAGAAGUAUACCAAGAGGAAUUCACCAAGGUAUCCCCAUAUAUGAAUAUAGCUGACAAUGUCUUGGAGGAAUCUUGUUUUCUUCGACAUUGUCGCAGAUAUGGCUCUUCUUCUGGUGCUUUAUGGCCUAGAAAAACUUAUCAUUUUCCAAAUUGCUUUCGAAAUGAUACUAUUCGGUGGGAAGAUAAGAAAGAUGUGUUAUUUUGGAGAGGCAGUGCUUCAGGACCCAUCCGAGAUGAAGACGAGUUUCCAGGGAAGACCAAUAGAAGAAAGAUUGUAGAAUUGGCACUAUCAUAUAAUCGUUCUGAUAUCGAUGUAGGUUUUAGUUCUUUAGGUGGAUUUCAAGAUCGAUAUGCACACUUAAAAAUGCCACCCUCUCCAGGAAAAAACUUGUUCCAGUUUAAAUAUGUCUUGAAUAUAGAAGGACAUGACUUGAGUAGUAGCUUUCCGCAUGCCUUGUAUUCGUGGUCUUGUCCUUUUCAUCCUUAUCCUUUUUCCGUGGAGUCUAUUUUUUUCAGAGACUUGAAACCUUGGAUACAUUUCGUUCCUCUCAACUUGAAUGGCUCUGAUCUCAUCGAAAAGCUGGAGUAUUGUCGAACAAAUGAAAGCCAUUGUAAACAGAUUGGUGAAAAUGGAAGAAAAUUGAUGCAAAGAUUCAUGAACGAAACAUUAUUUCAUGAAAUGAAUAGAAAAGUUUUGGAACGAACGGAUUCUUAAUGCAAAUAAUACCGAAGCAAUAUAAGAUAACGAUGAAGUUGGAAAAUAAAGCAGUUUUACAAAGA